CCGGCGCGGAGCACGCUGGGAGCUGUAGUCCCGCGGCCCCAUGGAGCCUUCCCUGUGCCCCGCCCGGCGCGGAGCACGCUGGGAGCUGUAGUCCCGCGGCCUCACGGCCCCGCUCCCCGGCGGUCGGCUCGGUAGCGGCCCCCGUUUCCCGCCCCGGUCCGGGCAUGCAGCGGCUGCUGCGGCGGCUCCUUCCCGCUCUUUACGCGGCGCGGCCGGCGGCCUGUGCCCCGCCCGCCCGGCAAGCCGAGCCCGCGCUGCCGCGCUUCAUGGCGCUGCGGCCUGCGGCGGGCGCCGAGGGAGGCGAUGGCGCCGCGGAGCCCACUGGCGCCGCGGGCAGGACUGCGGAGCGCGGUGGGCUGGAAAAUGUACAGCAGAAGAACACCUUUAAAAAGAGUAAAGAAGAGACAGAAGAGGGGAAGGAGCUGUGCCCUGCCGAGCUGGUGCAGUCCCUGAUGGCAGAAAUGCCUUUUGUCGACACUGACAUUGAGGAUGAAUUUGUUUUGUGUGCAAGCUCUGAAAUAACUAUGAAAAAGAGAAGAAAGAGGACUGCUGGAAAGGAAACUGAAGAAGGUGGUGAGAGGAAGAAGAAAAAGAGAACACAGUAUCGGCCAAACUACUUCAUUUCGCUUCCAAUUACUAACCCAGAGAUCACUGGCAGGAUUCAGGCUGUCCAAGAUGCAAUAACACAAAAGGAUCAAAGGCUUUCCAAAGCGAUGGUUCGUGCCGGCUCCUUCCAUGUCACCAUGCUGGUGAUGCAUUUGGCCACUGAAGAAGAAAUUAACAUAGCAGUUGGUGCUCUUGCAGACAGCAAGGCCUUUGUAGAAGAGCUCCUGAAGGGAAGAGCCCUGGACUUGUCUUUUGAAGGCAUUGAUCACUUCAGUAAUGCAGUUGGAUUUGUGAAGCUGGCAGAAGAUGACCACACAGCUGUACUGAAGGAAGUAGCAGAGAUUAUGAAGAAGGUAUUUCAAGAAAAGGGCAUCUUGGCUGGAGAAGAAAGAGCUUUUAACCCACACCUGACCUUCAUGAAGCUGUCCAAAUGCCCACAGCUACGGAAGGAGGUGAAGAGGAUUGACUCCAGGCUGUAUGAAGAGUUUAAAAGCCUUUACUUUGGAGAGGAAGUCCUGCACCGCCUGGAUCUUUGCUCUAUGGUUAAAAAAAAGCAACCCAAUGGGUACUACUACUGUGAGUCCUCUAUAGUUUUGGGUGAGAAGCAGGCGGCGGAGCCGGACGAGGCGGAGCUGCUGAGCCUCAGCAAGCGGCUGGUGGAGAACGCGGUGCUGCGGGCGGUGCAGCAGUACCUAGAGGAGACGCAGAACAAGAGCAGGCAGGCGGACGGCAGCCCGCUGAAGGGCGAAGAGGCAGCAAGCGGCGGCAGGAGCCAGGAGGGCACCGACCACAGCAAGAGGGCGCCGCAGGGCAGCCUGCGCCAGGGAGGCUCUGCGCAGAGAGACACAGGCCCUGCUCUGCAGGCUGGCCCGGCUGAAGGAGCUCCUGUCCCGCCCUGACACCCGCGCCAGGAUCAGCCUGGAGCUGCUGCAGGCAGCCCCCACUGCAGCGGCCAGCGGCGGAGCUCUGCCCGCUCUGGAGCUCCCAGCGCC